UAGCCAGAAAAAAUAAUAUAAAAUUACUGGACAGUGAAUUUAGUCCCGCUCCUCCGCAAAAAUUGGCCCUGCCUAAUCUAAGGCAGAAAGAUAUCCACUCUGCCCUUUGCCUUAAAACACAGUUGAUUCCUUGUACCUCAUUUUCAACUUCAAAAAAACUUCUUAGGGCACACUUCUUUUUUACACACACCAAAAAGUAUAAUCCCACGCAGUCGGAAUCCACCAGGUGGGCAAUGGGUUCUUGAAUUUCACCUUCAAAAAGAUUCAAUUUUUAUUUAUUUUUUGAAAAAAAUUAAAAUGAGGGAUUUCCCAUCUUGUUUUGGGGAGAAUGGAGUUCAAGUUGCUGAUUCUUCAUGUUCAAGCGUAGGUGUGACAAAAGCUUCGCAGAAUUCUGUUAAAUGCAUUUACAAGUGUAAACUUCUUCAUAAAUCUUGCUUGAUUACCAUUCUUUGGAGCAAGAAUUUGAUGGGCCAAUGCCUUAGUAUCGAAAUAGACGAUUCGUCUCAUCGUUUGAUCUUUAAGGUAGAUGUGAAGCCUUCUCUUUUCUCAAAAAGAAAAGGGUCCAAGUAUUUCGAAGCGAACUCGGCGAAAAUCGAGAUCUUUUGGGAUCUUUCGUCGGCGAAUUUCGGAUCCGGGUCGGAGCCUUUGGAUUCGUAUUACAUAUGCGUUGUGUGUAAAGGGGAGAUGGUUCUGUUAAUUGGGGAUCUAAGAGAGGAAGCAUUCAAGAAAACCGGAGCAAUCGGUUCGGUUUCGAGUGAGACGUCGUUCGUUUCCAAAAUCGAACACCUCUUUGGGAAAAGGGUUUUUAAUACCAAGGCUCGGUUCUGCGAUGAAGGACAAAUGCACGACGUUAAAAUCGAGUGCGGCGACAAAGACUGCGACGAAGAUCCGUUUCUUGUGAUUCGUAUCGAUGCGAAGAUAGCUAUGAAAGUUAAGCAUCUCCGUUGGAAAUUCCGCGGGAACUCGACGAUUUUGGUCGACGGCAAUCCGGUUGAAGUGUUUUGGGAUGUUCAUAAUUGGUUGUUUGGUUCUUGUUUAGGCAAUGCGGUUUUCAUGUUUCAAACGAGUUUAUCGAAGGUGGAGAAAUUGUGGAGUGGCGAUUCGAAGAAUUCAAAGAAUUUGAAGGAAUCGGAAUUGUCGGGGUUUGGAUUUUCUUUGUUUUUAUAUGCUUGGAAGAAUGAAUAGAUGUUUGAGAUGAUUCUUGUUUUGACAUUUUUUUUGUGGAUGUUUGGUUAAUUUUAUUUUAUUUAGUGUUUUAAGGGAUUUAAAAUGGUUAAUCUUGGCCUUUUGCUUUCUUAUAUAUGCUUGACAAUAUGUUUCGUUUUCUGAUGUCUUCUAUCGGAAUCUUUGCUCGAUUUU